AUGGAUAGCUUGCAGGCUAACCAGCGACGGGGCCGUGCUGGGCGCACCGGGCCCGGGGCGUGCUGGCGCUUGUAUACGGAGAGCGCCUACGUGUCUGAGAUGCUCACGAUGACCAUCCCCGAGAUCCAGCGUACGAACUUGGCCAACGUUGUCUUGCUCUUGAAGUCUAUGGGGAUCAAAGACUUGCUCGCUUUCGGCUUCAUGGACCCGCCGCCGCAGGACACAAUCCUGAACUCAUUGUUCCAGCUCUGGAUGCUCGGUGCAUUGGACAACCUUGGUGACAUCACCAAGCUGGGAAACAAGAUGGCGCAGUUCCCCUUGGACCCGCCUUUGUCGAAGAUGCUCAUCGUAGGCGAGGAGAUUGGCUGCAGCUCUGAGAUCAUGAGCGUGGUGUCCAUGCUAUCGGUGCCCUCCAUAUUCUUCAGGCCCAAGGACCGCGCCGACGAGAGCGACGCAGCGAGGGAGAAGUUCUUUGUGCCGGAGAGUGAUCACCUCACCAUGCUGAACGUGUACCAGCAAUGGGGUCACAACGGCUACAGCGCCAAGUGGUGCGGCGAGCAUUUCGUCCACCAAAAGUCGCUGAAGAAAGUCCGCGAGGUGCGCGGCCAGCUGGAGGAGAUUAUGCAGCAGCAGCACCUGCAGAUCAACUCCAUUGGCACAGACUGGGACAUGGUGCGCAAGGCCAUCUGCGCGGGAUACUUCCACAACGCCUCGAAGUUGCGAGGCAUCGGGGAGUAUGUGAACCUCAGGUCCCGGAUCCCGGCGAAUCUGCACCCCACCAGCUCCUUGUAUGGCCUGGGCUACACGCCAGACUACGUGGUGUACCACGAGGUCAUGGUGACUGUGAAGGAGUACAUGCAGACGGUCACCGCCGUGGAUCCCUACUGGCUGGCGGAGAUGGGCCCCAUGUUCUUCUCCGUGAAGGAGUCCAGUAGUGACUUCCAUGCGCGGCAACGGCAAGAAGAAGAGGAGCGCAGGAAGAUGGAGUACGAGCAGAAGCUGAGGGACGAUCUCGAGCGGCAGGCAAAGCAGGAGGAAGCCGAAGCCUUGGUACGCAGCGGUGGACAGGUCGCUGAGGUGGGUAAGAAGCGGGCACCGCGCGAUCUCAGGAAAACCAAGAGCAGCGAAGCUCUCGAGGAGACGCCACUCGGAGUGGGGGGCCGCUCCUAUGUGGGCCAUGAUGAUGAGUCCGACAGUGCAGCAGCCAAGCGGCGGCGGCAAGCAGGCCGCAAGCCGCGAGCUCGGACAGCUUGGCCUGCCCUUGGCUAG